UGCGGUGGCGCGUCGAGUACGCACACCGCUUUAAAGGGUGCUUCUUGUACGAGUAGGUCUUUUUAUAAAAGUAUAAUAUAAUAUACACACACACACACACACACACGUGGACUCGCGCACGGUGCCGUAUAUAUUAAUAGAUAUUUAUUACGCCGGUAUAAUUUGUUGUUUUUUUUUUUUUUUUUGUUGUUAAUAACAAGUAAACGAACAAUUAAUGUACACGUUGUACGCGACGUAGACUCAGAAACGAACGGGGGAUUUCAACGAGGUUCAAUUCGACGCACGGUAUAUAUAUUUCAUACCUAAAUACGUGCGAUUAAUCUACGCGAGUAAUAAACGGGGUUGUAAUACGACGGGCGCGAAGUUGUAAAUUUUAUACGCACACGCAUCAGGACCAUCGACAUUGCCGAACGACGGACUCAUCGCAAGAAGCUACGGAUUCCGCAUAGAAGACAAAGAACCGCCGACAUGUCGGCGUUGAGUGCCGGGAUGAGCCGACCCGGGGAGAUGAUCCUGUUCCUGGUUAUCGCUUUUCUAACAAUUUGUUGCUCACGCGCUGCUCCUGUAAGUGAACACGAUACGACGCAUAUUGCGGAAUAUGGAGCAGAAUCUGGCUGCUACUACAACUUCCAACGCUAUCAAGAAGGCGAUAGAAUAGUAACGAAUGAACCAUGCUUAAACUGUACUUGCCACAACCGAAUGCUGAUGUGCUACCUCAGGGUGUGCCCAUUUACAAAAGCUAUCGGCCAAAACUGCACAGUCGAAAAACGACCGGAUCAAUGCUGUCCGAUCAUCACUUGCCCAGAAGUCCCUGUACAACUUCUGACCUCUACGUCAAAUUCACCAGCGAUUAUCGGCUCCACCGAAAUUGGUGCACAUGACAACUACGGCUGCCGAGUUGACGAGAGAUUCUAUGCUGAUGGUGCUCAGCUACCAGUAGACCCGAGAAAUCCUUGCGAACUUUGCUACUGCAUCAGAAACAGAACGACUUGUGUUAUGCAAGAAUGUACCCUGCGUGUCGCAGGCUGCAACCCAGUCUAUUUGCCCGGAGUGUGCUGUCCAGUCAAAUAUAAUUGUGAUUAUGACGAAGAACAAACGACUACCCUUAGUCCUACCACUCCUGGACUUAUCAUGACUACAACAGUUGCUCCAGGGCAGAGCGCCCCUAUGUGUUACCGCGACGGAAAUACAUACAAUGACGGAGAACUCAUCGACUCGGGACGAGCAUGCCAACACUGCUACUGCUUCCGCGGUGACAUUGUUUGCGCAGUUCAAGAUUGCAAGAUACCAAUGAAAAUUCACGGCAAGCACUGCACACCUCAACCUGCUCCAGAGGGCAAAUGUUGUCCCACCACCUAUCAAUGUGAUGGUGAAAGUAGUCCAACAGAAGUUGAGGAGGAGCCACAGUUGGGCGUGGGACUUUCAAUCCCCGACCAUCCCUAUAAAGAGAAAGCUACUGAAUCACCUAUUCCGGGAUUAGGAUAUGUGGAUGAAGAUAACAACCAACCACAGCAGAUGGUGGACGUCUUUCCUGGCGCUGACAAUACCAUUCCUGAACAAGCUGGAGAAAAUGAGGCUGUGACUGAAGGUCCCAUCCAACAAGAAACCGUGAAAGCAGACGGCAUCUUACCACACACCGUGAAACCAUUCGAGGAAAUUCCCACAGAGCUACCAGGUGGUGCAAAGGAUGAGACGAAACCUGCAGAGAUUCCGAUCGGAACCAGUGUAGUCGAAUCUGAAAGUACACCGAUAAACUCAGCAGAAGAUCUGCAUCCAACUGACGUCGCUUUACCGGAAUUGCCUGCAGUGAUCGGUGAGAAACAGCCAGUGACUACUGUAGAUGAAGAAAAAGAAGCGCCUCAUGGUUCGAUUAAACAUGAUGAUGAAGUUAAACCUACAGUGACUGCCGAUGAAAAACAAACCGAAGUGAACGUUGAUGAAGGCAAACCAAUAAGCCCAAUAGAAUCUACAGACAAAACAGUUUCCGAAGAUGCAAUAAAGACAACUGAAGAUCAAUCGACUGACGGAAUCGUUUCUGAAGAUGAAAUCAAGACCACGGAUGAAUUACCAACGAAAGAAACCAUACUCGAAAGACCGACACCUACUGAAAUAAUGAAUAAUGUACAGGAAUCAAAUGAAGGGUCUACAGAUGAGCAGAUCUUAAAAGAACCAACACAAUCUGGAAUCGAGCAAGAAACGGUAGAGGGCGUGACAAGCGAAGAACAAAUGCCGUCCAAAAUACCAGCUAUCAGUGAACCACAAGAACCAGUCAAUCCUCUACCUGAAAAUGAUGAGAUAGCGGUUGAAGAAUCGACAGCUCUGCCAACCCAGGGAGUAAAAUCUGAUGAAGAAGUCACAAAGGAGCCUGCAGUAACAGAAUUGAUGCCAACGGAGAGCGCCAAAACUGAAGACAGCAGCAUCGUCAUCUUCCCCAGUGAAGUUGAACUUACAAAACCCAAACCUUCAGAAGAAUCGAUUUUCCCUGAGACCUCUACUUUAAAACCGACCGAAUCAGAAGUACCCGAGCAACCAAUCAAGGAAACAGCUACGCCAGUUACUUCUGUUGAAGAGAUCAGCGUACUUCCCGAAAGCCAUGAGAACGAACCAGUGGAGACACCGGUUUCUCCAACUGUGUUACCUACGGUAGUAUCAGCUGACGAAGACAAAUCCACAGAAGAAUCAGGAUCGAUCGAAGGGCAUACAAUCGACCACAGUGAUAUGGCCAAAGAACCAACUGCAGGCGCAGUUCCAACCAGUGAAGUUCCAACCGGCGAAGCUCCAACCAGUGAAAUUCAAACAGGUGUAAUUCCAACAGGCAAAUUACCAACUGGUGAAGUUCCUACUAGCGAAGUUACGAUAGGUCAAGUCCCAGUUAGCGAAGUCACGAUAGGCGAAGUUCCUAGUCCGGAUGGGGUAACAUCGGAAGUUCCCAGUCAAGCUGAAAUUUCAGAAACACAGACCGGAGGACCAGUGAUUGAUACAGAGCAUACAAUCGAGCCGAUAGUUACAGACGAAAAACAACCUGAAGGUCCAAUUGCUGUCGAAAAUCCUAGUGAACCAGCGGCUCACGACCAUGAAGACUCUGUUGAUAUCCCUGAACAAGGACCAACAGGCAUUCCAAUUUCUGACCGGGUUCCAGUUGUCAAGGCUGAGGAUGAAAGUGUCGUUCAUGAACUGCAUGCCACCGAAGUAUCUGACAAAAUUCAACAUACUCAUGUUCCCGACAGUUUGAUAACUGACAAGCAGGAUGAAAUUCCUGCAACGUAUAUCCCACCAAUUGGACCGACGACUGAAUCCGAAAUCACUCCAGGACAGGAGGAGGUUACUACUGGAGUAGUAGAGGAGAUUGUUUCACACGAGGAUCAAGCUCCACACAUUUCUAAGGAUACUGUCACUCCUGCUUUAUCCGAAGAGGAACACGAACCGACCCCCCAGGAAGAGCUUGAACAUGAAAAAUCUACAGUAAUCGGUCAGUUGCCAACUGAAGCUACUCAGACAGAAAUACUACCUGUGGAAAACGUUAUUGAUGAACAAGAAAACGGUAGUAAGCAAAUCUUCGACGAGCCUACUGAAAGCGAUGUCAAGGCCUCAGAAUCUCCCGAAGUGUCAACAGAAGUUCAAGAAGUAGAACUGGAAGGUUCUGUGAAUACCAAGCCGACUGAAUCCCCAGUGACAACGGACAGCGAACAAAACCAUGUACCUGUGGAGGAUGAAAAUUUCCCAACUGAGACCACAGCUGAAAUUGAGAAAAAACCAUUAGAACCUACGGCAAGUAUAGGUGAGAUUGCUGAAGAAGAUCAACAAACGCAAGAACCAGUAGCAAAUGGCGAGUACCCAGCCGAAAAUGUGGCUGAAGGAAAACCACUGAUGGUUCCUACUCAUGGUGAGAAGACACCUGAACUUUCUUUACCCGUAGAAAACCCCACAGGGGCUUCAGGAGAUGAACAAAAGCCUGUCACGGAUUCGGCUUUAGAAGAAAAACCAAUUAAAUCUUCUGAAAAUGAAAGCGAAUCAACUGAAGUUUCUAUUGCUGAAAAAGAACUGUCAAACACACCUGUUCCUGCAGAAGAAUCUUUAACUACUUUGAUACCAGAAAAAAGACCAAACGAACCUGUUAUAGCUGAUGAAAAACAAACUGCAACUACCAUUCCCCAAGAACAGCUAACUGAAAGCUCUAUUUCAAGCGAAAAUCCUGUUGAAGGUGGUGUCACUGCUGAAGACAAACCGACUGAAGUUUCGAUUUCCCAAGAACAAGAAACCGGAACUCCCAUCAGUCCUGAAGCGCCUAGCGAAGUGAAUACCGCUGCUGAAGAAAAGCCAAAUGAUGUACGUAUUACCGAAGAGAAGCCAACAGAAGGUUCAAUCAUUCAAGAAGAACUCACGACAAUCUCAAGCAUCGAUCAAAAACCAUCUGGAGAAUCUGUUGUGGAACAGGAGCUGACAGAGGCUUCCGUUUCUGAAGGACUGUCAACUCAAGCUUCUUUCGAUGCAGAAAAUCCAGUUGAGCCUUCCGGUACAGAGGAAAAAUUAAUUGACAUUCCUGCCUCCGAGGAAACUCCAACGAAAACCCCUAUCGUUAAUGACGAAUCAAAUGUGACACCUAUUUCCGAUGAAAAACCAACAGAGACGUCUAUUACUGGAGAAAUUUUAACACAAACGUCUGUUGCGGAAGACGAGCCGUUGAAUGCUGAUAAAAAACCAAACGAAGCUUCAAUCACGGAGAAUACCCUAACUGACAUCUCAAAAUCUCAACAAGAACCUACAGAGACUUCUAUUUCCGGUCAGGAAUCAACAGUUACAUCGGGUAUCAAUGAGAAGCCUACUGAGAUUUCAUUUGUUGAGCAAAAAGUAACGGAUGUGUCUAAUUCCGACGGACAGUCAACGGAACCUUCUAUUAUAGAAAAUGAACCGACUGUGGUUUCUAUUGAUGGAAAAAAACCGAUCGAGGUCCCUGGCGUAGAAGAAGAACCAAAUGGUGUUAUCAUCGUCGAAGAAAAUCCAACCGAAAGUUCAACCAUACAUGAGAAAGAAACCAGCAUCCCUGUUGAUGAAGAAUCAACAGAGAGUCCUGUGACAGAACAGAAGAUAUUCCAAGCCUCUGCUACACAGGCAACACCGACGGAGUCUUCUGUCCAGGAAGAAAAAAUACCUAAUGUACCUGCUGGCAUUGAAAUUUCCACGGAAGGAUCUUUAACUGAAACAAAAACACCUGUGGUCGUUGUUGGUGGAGAAAAAGUAACAGAAUCUUCGACAGAGGAGGAACAAGAUGCCACAGCCUCUGCAACAGAAACAAACCCGACAGGAGUUCCAGAAACAGAGCAGAGAGUAACCGAUAAUUCCAUCAUUGAAGAGAACCCAACAGAAACUCCUAUUGCAGAACACGAAACAACCAGUGGCUCCAUAGAGGAAGGCGAACCAAGUGGUACGCCCAUUGCCGAAGUAGAAUCGGAAGCUGGUUCUGUCAUCGCUGUUAGCCAGGCUGAGCUUACCACAACGAAAACUGCUGAAACUACUUCAACUGACCACGAACCAGCUAACCCAUCCGUUGCCACAGAAGGUCCAGUCGAUACUUCUUUCAUCGACCAAAAACCAAUCGAGUCAUCGACCCCUACAACUGAACGAACUGAAACUGUCAUACCUGAAGAAGAACCCUCGAAGAGUUCGGACGGUGAAAAUCUGCACACAGAAUCUUCAGUUGGUGCAGAAAAGGACGCAUUCGAAACCGAAAAUAAACCAACUCAUGCAACGAAUGUCGAAGAAGAGCAAACAAAUAUUCCAGUUUCAGAAGAGGUCGUGACCGAUAAAAAUAUCAUCGAAGCAGAGUCUACCGGUGCGACAGCGACCGAACAGAAACCAACUGGUACUUCGUUGACGGAAAAAAUACCCACAGAGAUUUCAGUUACAGACGAAACAAUAAGUGAUCUACCUGUCACCGAGACAAAGCCUAGUGAUGCUUCUGUAGCCGAAGAAAAGCAAACUAAUACACCAGUUUCUAACAUAACAGAAACUGAACCUGCCGAAGGAGGGCCAGCUACGACAUCUGAAAGUGAAGAAAAUUUAGGUGUACCUUCAGUCAUUGCAGAGAAUCCUACCCCAGUUCCUGUUGGUGAGGAAAAACUAACAGAACCCUCAAUUGCAGCAGAAAAGCCAACUGAAGGUACAGCUGCUACAGUAAAAGUAACAGAAUCUUCAAUUGUCGAAGAAAAACCAAUAGAAUCGAUUGAAAUCGCAGGAGAACCAAACGUACCAUCUAUACUGGAAGAAAAACCUACUGAAAUUUCUAUUGCUGAUGAGAAGUCAACUGAAUCUUCGGUAUCCGAAGACACGCUUUCAGAAAUACCUCAAAUUGUUGAGACCGGUCCUCAGUCUUCAGUACCCGAAGAGCAGCCUACCGAGGUUUCUACCAGUGAUGACGAAAAAAUUCUGCUCGAUGAAGUUGAACCAACCAUGAUCGCUAAACCUGAAGAAGGACCUAUAGAAGCUUCUGCUCCUAAAGAAAACCCAGUAGCACAUUCUGACACUCACAUAGCUGAAGGCGAGAUUACUGAAGUUCCAGAAUCACAAGAAAAUCCAACAGAACCGUCUGGUAUUGAAACCGUUGAAGGAGAAUCAGCUAAACCGUCCAUUGUUGAGGAGAAACCAGUCAAUCCUAUUACUUCCGAAGAAACACCCUCAGGAGAAUCUCCAUCUGACGAAAAACCGACCGAAACUGUCAUCAUCCCAGAAGAACCAAAAAAGACGGUGGAAGAGGAAAAACUUCCAAUUGAAUCAUCUGUCGGAUUACAACAGCCAAUUGAACCAUCUGUCGAAGAACAACAGCCAAUUGGGCCAUCUGUCGGAGAACAACAACCGAUUGAACUCUCUGUCGAAGAACAAGAGCCAACUAAGUCAUCUGUCGGAGAGCAACAGCCAAUUGGACCAUCUGUCGGAGAAGAACAGCCAAUUGAACCAUCUGUCGGAGAACAACAACCGAUUGAACCAUCUGUCGGAGAACAACAGCCAAUUAAACCAUCUGUCGAAGAAAAGCAGCCAAUUGAACCAUCUGUCGAAGAACAACAGCCAAUUAAACCAUCUGUGGAAGAACAGGAGCUAAUUGAAGCUACUCCUGAAGAACAACAGCCAAGUGAACCAAGUAAACCAGUACCUUCUGAGAUCCCAAGUCAAGUGGAUAAAGAUCAAACUACCACCGAGAAACGACCGGAAGUGUUCAGUGAUAAUGUACCCUCGAGCAUUCCCGGGGAAGGCAAUUGUCUUGUAGAUGGACAAUCUUUUGCCAAUAAUUCGCGUAUUCCACCAGCAAAUCUAUGUCAAACGCAAUGCCUUUGCAUUAGCAGUAUAGUUCAUUGUGAUCUUGUCGAAUGCUCACCACCACCAAGCCACUUGUCCAACUGUAUGCCCAUUCACACCAACACGGACUCUUGCUGCCCAAUUUACUCCUGUGAUUCUACGCCGACUGUUAAUUUGGAAUCAGAUAGUCAGAUGGCAGAUAAUCACACUCCUGGAUAUGAAGAAAUCUAUGUUCCAUCUACAUAUGAUUACUCUAAAGAAUCAAGCACGCCUAUUAUUGAAUAUCCAGCUGAGCCAUCAGAUAAAGUAACACCAGACUCCGAAGAGCAUCCAACUGUAGCAGUUGAUGAAGGCACUACGCCAAGCGUUGAAUCAAUUGCUGACGUUGAUCAAAAGAUUGUUGAACCCAUCGAACAGGAAAUUCCUGAACCAACCGUACCUGUACAAGAACCAUCUGGAGCUUCUGAAACAAAUGAAAUUCCCGAACAGCCUGUUACUGAUCGAACGGAACAAAAUCCCAAGCCAGAAGUAGUUGAUCAACAAACUGAAGAAGCAAUAGUGCCGACAGAAGAGCAAAAACCAAUUAGUGAAGAAAAACAGAAGCCAGAAUCACCUAUCGAACCUUCUGAAAUCCCUGUUAAAGCAGUUAUAACAAAUAACGAACCAAACAUAAUUCCUGCUACAACUGUAGAUGAAACCACUUCUGCUCAGCAGCCCGAGGGUACGCCUACAUCCAAUAAAGAAACAAGUACAGUUACUGAUACAAAUGUCACUCUCAUACCAUUAAGUGAAGAAAGCCCAGAAGUAAUUCCAACCAGCGAGGAACACCCUGUUGAAACAGGCACCUCAGGCGAAGAACAAACAACCGAUGUUACCAAGCAGUAUAAGCCUGCUGUAGAGAUUGAAACGGUGACUGAUCAACAAGCAGUCCUUGCUAGUGAAGAUGUUGGACCCGAAGAACAUCAUGAAGCUUCUGAAAAACCAAUAGAUAACGAAACUGUAGUACCUGUCGGGGUAUUACAAGAAGGAGAGCAGGUUGAUGACAUUUCACAGCCUACCGAAAAGGAACCCGCUGAACCAGUAGCUCCCGUCGAUGAAAGUACAGGUGGAUCUGAAGAGCACUUUGAAAACACAGAACAUCCAGAAGUAUCCGUAACAGACGAUAACGAGCAGACAUCCGGACUCACUGAUUCUAUAGCAACUAGUCCUGUGCUCCCAACCGAUCAGUCAAUCGUAGAAAGUACAGAUGAACUCACUACACCAAUUGGUCAGCACCCAGAAAAACAUGUACCUCAGCCUCAAUCUGAAUCAGACGGCCAAAUAACCGAGCCAAGCAAGCAGACCGAUGAGUCGUCUUCUCCAAAAGACCAAUCAAACUUACAACAGCAGCCUGAAAAGGGUGAACAAGAAGUUCCUGUUGACAGCUCAACAAUCGGAAGUUAUCCAGAGCUUGAAGCGCCCGUUUCUACUGGGAGCUCAGAAGAUCAGUCUCCUUCAGUUCCGGUACCUACAGAUGGAAUUAAUUUAUCCAAUAACGCUGAGUCGUCUGAACCAACUCCUGCUGGACAAGUCGAGGAUGAAAUAGAAGGUUCUACAGUAAUUCCGGUAAAACACAUUGACAGUGAACUUCCUAUUCUUAGUUCGAAUUCUGAAGUCACUACAGAUGAAAUCUUGCCAACUAAAACGAGCGAGCAGGGUGAAGCACAGACUCCCAUAUCUGGUUUACAACCGCAGGAAGCUGCUGCUCCGACAACACAACCGACCGCUGAGCAAGAAUUAACGGUUGGCUCUGAAACAACUACCCCGACGGUAGAAAAACAUGACCAAGUUAUAGUUGAAACAGAGCCAUCGAUCAUGUCAUCUUUACCGGAUACCACGAAGACAACUGAACCUAACGAGAACACUGGUGAACAGGCAACCGAGGUUAACACGCACGAAGCUGAACCAAUUUCACAUGAAACAUCAGCGACACCGGUAAUCGAAAGUGGUCAGUCAGUGGAUACUGUGCCAGAAUUAUACGAUGUAAGUGAGCCUACUGCUUCAACUGAAAGUACUGAAGGCCAAGUAACUGAAGUAAGAGAAACCACUGAAACUGGUAAUCCAGAAGUUGCUGAAUCAUCUGAACCAACAGCGAAUACGGAGAAUGAGCCUACUGGUGUGGAAGAACAAACAACUCGACCAAUUUCAUCCGAAGAGGACAUUAAAACAACUGUACCUGAAGAAAGCGUUACUUCCGAGCAAGGUGAAUCAUCCGAACCACCAGUUAGUGCUAACGGUGAGCGUAUCAGUGUAGAAAUACCAGCAAUUGGACCAGCUAUAUCCAAAGAAGGUACGAAGCCAACUAUUUCCGAAAUAACCGAUGAAGACCACAAAACACCGACUCUGGAGCUCACGACUGAACCGGCGUCACCUGAGACUGCUGAAACAUUCGCGCCAACUGUGAACCAAGAAGACGAGACUGUAGCAGCAGAACAUUCCACAACUAGUCCAGUAUUGAUUGAAAAUACCGAGAAGCCUACAUCUACUGUGAACAUAGAAGGGCAAACUAUUUCUGAUGUUGAGAAACCCACUGGUCCUGUUUUGUUGCAACCCGCCAAAUCUUCUGAAGCAGCUGAAAAUACUGAGGUUGAACCUGAUGUAGAAAAGAAACCAAUAUCUGAGAUAGCAUUACCAGACCAAGAUGUGACGACAGGUGAACCCGAGGUUCGUCCUGUUAGUACAGUAUCAUCUGUGAGUGAAGAAAGUGAAGCUGUUACAGUUAAACAACCGAGUUUGGUAGAAAUUCCACAAUCUGGCGCUGAGGCGCCUCCGUCGACUACUAGCAGUGAGGUUCAGACGCUUCCAAUGGAAGAUUCCGAAUCUGUUUCACCCGAUCAAGGCGUAACAGCUGUAUCAGGUGCAAGUCAAGAAGAAGAAACUACCCCAGCACAGCUGCCAGCAGUUGAAACAUCGUCAUCUGGUACUAAAAGUCCAAUUCCUGUGGAAAACGCUGAAGAGCAAAUGAUCCCAGUUCAAGAACUUGAGUCCAAGCCUGAUUCACCUAACCACUCCGAAGAACCCAUUGCUACAUUACAACCAGAAAUCGUUCCAGCAUCACAAGAAGAUACGGAGGAACUUGCACCGACCGAAGGCAUAGAGAAAGAAAUUAUCCCGACUGACCAGACAGCCUCAGAACCUACUUCACCUAGCGAAGGUGAGAUACCUGUGCCAACUGUUGGCGAGGAAGCUGUGAGCAUUUCAGUCGAAGGGGAAGCAACAAGUGUACCUUUAUCUGACGAUCAAAUCAAACUGGCUGUCACAAGUGCAACUCUUGAUGACCAUGGUAUAUCGGUUGAAGCAGCCAACACUGCAUCUGUGGAGAGCGAGGAAUCUUCUACCCCAACAACAAACGAAAAUGGUGAACUUGCUCCGGAAGCUGGUCCAACGGCUAGACCUGUGAUUCCCGAAGAGAACCCUGAAACACCAACGUCAACACAGACUGAAGUAAAAACUCCUGAGACAAUCUCCACCGAUCACGCUGAAAAACCUGCUUCAACUCCGAGUGAAGAUGAAAAAGUAAUUGCUACUGAAUUACCUCAGCCAGGUUCAAGCCAUAGCCAAGAAGUGCCAACUACAGUCGCACAUGACGAAACCAAACCACAGUUGCCAACAGUAGGGACACCUGAACAAACAGUUACAACUGAAACGCCCACUGCCGGACUUUUUGCAACCGAUCAUAUCAAAACACCUGAGUCUGUUUCAAGUGAAGAAGGUGAAAAUGUUAAUGCGGAGGAAUCCACAACUGAGCUGAGUGAUCAGGAUAAUGUCAAAACGUCAGCGCUAACAGAAAGUUCGGUUGACGGAAAUACUCCGGUAGAAGAAGCAACACCUGGAGUCACUUCAAUUGAACCUUUGGAAACGCCAAAACCAACUCAAAACAGCGAAGAGGAAACCGUGGCUGCUGGACAUCCCACAGAGGAAUCUGGACUGUUUGAAAACACUGAAAUACCUAUUCCUAACACAAGACCAGACCAGGAAACCGCUAUGAACGAAGAGAAGAUCAUUGAACCGCCCAAAUCCAUAGAGCAAAGUACAUCUACCAAUUUCACUCCAGAAGAACCAACUGUUUAUCCAAAAGAAGAAGUAUCAACUACUCAAUCUAUCAUGGAAGAGGUUCCAACACAGACUACGAUAAGUGAAUCUGUGAAACCGGAGUUGGUAACAAUUGACGAACAAGUAACACAGGAACAAAUACCAGUUAACAUUACGCCGAUCGAAGGACAGCCAGAGCAAAAACCAGUCACCCCUGAACUAGAACAAGCAAUUAAAACUUCUGAACCAACUCUUGAGCCUGCCACAGACCUCUCCAAUGAACCUGCUUCAGAAAAUCCAUCGGUUGUCGAAGAAAGUCUAAUUGAGGCAACAAAGCCAGCACUGGUUGAAGGGGAAUCGAUGGAAAGUACCGCUGAGAACACCGCAGAAGAGGGCGAGACGCCAAUCUCGACAGCAUCUCCUAUUCCAGAAGAUCAAAGGCAAACUGAGAACGAGCAGACGAAGGUUCCACAGAAGGAACAUGACACCGAACAUCAAGUAACUGAGAUAUCUGCUCCAGCUGAAUCCGUACCUCCCGUAACACCCGCGGAACCAACUAAUGAAGAUCAAGAACAUGUUCAAACUCCAGACCAAACUCAAGAAGUCCCAGAAGAACCUGCAGUUGAUAAUACGGAAGGACAGUUGACCAUUGAAUCAGAAGAUACUCCUGUACCUUCAGUGCACGAUUCGAUUGAGGAGACGAAACCUGCGAUGAAACCUGGUUACUUCGGACGUCCAAUCACAAGUACCUUGGCUCCUCAAGGAAGCUUGGCCUAUCCAGAUCAAACGGUCCCCGUCGAGGACAACAACCACUUCCCAAUAAACAACGGAACCUACUUGAAUCCAGAAUCUGACGACACCGGCGAUAGCGAUGACUACGAAGGAGAUGAUUUGGACAUUUACGGACCGGGCACUUGCAGAUAUGGUGGCAAGGUCUACGUGUCUGCUCAACAGAUACCGAGAGAUGAUCCUUGCGACUUCUGCUUCUGUUUCCGAAGCGAUAUUAUCUGCCUUCAGCAAAGCUGCCCGCCACCAAUUCCUGGCUGUCACGAGGAGCCCAUCAACGGCUUCUGUUGCCCGAGGUACGAAUGUCCGGUAUCAAUGGCGACCUCGCUUAAUUUGACGACCACAACGACAACGACAACGACAACUCUGCCGCCUCACUUCUUGUCACACGCUUAUAAAGGCGCUGCGAGAAGAAGUGGCUGCCAAAUUCGCGGACAGGCAUACCGAGUUGGAGAAACCAUUCCAUCUGCAUCAGGCCCUUGCCUUCAGUGCACAUGUGGCGGAGAUGGUAAUAUGAAGUGCGAACCACGAGUCUGCAGUCCAGAACCUAUGCUGAGGCAAAUGAUCGCUGCUGCAACAGCCAAGAGGAGAAGAUGAGCUCUGAAGUUUUAAAAACAGUGUUGUAAAAAAGUGAAUUAAGAUUAUUCUAACCAUUGCGCGGAACACAGACAAUAAUGUGCCCGACAAAUACGAACUGGGUAGCCAAACGUAAACCUUUUUAUAUUAUAUAUCUAUAUACAUAUAUACCCACAUAUGCAUAUACAUAUAUACGCGGGUAACAGUAUACAUAUAUCGAAGGGAAAAAAUAGCUAAUCGUAAUAGGCACAUUUACGCUGACAAAAUGUAAAGCAAAGUAAGAGAAAAAGGAUGCAAGAAAAAAAUCAAGAUAAACGCCACAAUUAUAAUAAGUAACUAUACUGAAUCGUAAUGUUGCUAUCGUGCUGUACGAAAUAUUUCAUCGAUGUCGAUCAGAGCUGCGAAACAAACGAGACUUACGACUGUGCCUUCGUCAGUGCCAAAAAAAAGGCGCUUUCGCUUAGCGACAACAACUUAGCCAUAUCACUGUCACCGACAUCAUCGAGAUGAAUCUAGGCGUAUUAUGAUAAUAAGAAGAGAGCGUAAAAAUGAGAUUAUGAAAGGAUGUAGUAAUGAGAAAAAAGUGAAGAUGGGUGAGGCAGAAUAAAAUGAGAUAGUUAGAAAUUAUAUAGCUAAGCCACGGUGGAUAACAGCUACUCGAAAAAAUCAAUUAAGAGAUUUUGGAAAAUGAGCGCGCAUGAUUCGGGGUUUUGAUGAACCUCUCGACCGAGGACAUUCGCAAUCGAUGUUCAAAUACACACCUCCAAUUAUCCGUAAUUGCUAUUAUCAAUCGUGGCUAAAAAGAUUAAAAUUAAUAAUAGUAAGGGGAACAUUAAACUCUCAUUCAUUAUAUGAUAAACGUACACACAACUUCAAAGCUCAAACAGCAGCUCGCUCGGAGGACCGAAAGUUCAUUUGAGAAUGCUUCUCCGGUGAGCUGACAUCGUAUAAAAUACAUUUAUAUGAUUCUUAUACAAUAUACUCUCAAUAAUAAUUAAUUAAAAUUAAUACAGCGUAUAUGAAAUUCUUGUUUGUUCUCUAGCUUCAAAGUGCCGUAAAAAUAUAAAAAUUUCUUUGUAAUGUUCGUAUUUUUAUUAAUUUUUCUGCAGUGUUAACCAAGUGAACGUCAAUUUUUCUAACAAUAUUAAAUUCAAUUCACCUCGCGUGAAGGAAUUUUUUUUAUUUUAUUUUUCAAAUUACCUCAUCAUUGUAGUUGAAUACAGAAUAAUUGGUCAAUAUGCGAUUUCAUCACACUUUGAAGCUCCAUCGAACAAAGAAAUGUAGGUGAUAUACUAUAAUAUACAAACAAAGGCCCGUGUCAUCGUACGAGACUUAACAAAUCUGAUGUCUGUGUUUAUAUUAGAAGUCGAAGAUACAAUCUGGCCUUCCUCAAAAAUCUUGAAGUCUGUUAUACUCUUUGUAUUUGACUAAUAUAAAUGAAAUAUUAUAUUAUAUCACAGAAUUCCGCCUAGCUGUGCGGUCCGGCUACGAUCCGGGUCGUUCGAUCGAGAGAAGCUUGCCAUUUUUACUACCGUAUACAUUUUUUAUACAUGAUAUUAUAUAUUAUAGUUUGAUUGUGAAGAAUGGCUUCUAACCCUUGAACGUUCGGACUAGCAAUCCCUGUGUAUAUUUCGCAUAGCUAGACAACUUUCCUGCGUUUUGGAAAUGACUAGGCGUUACGAGGCGGGGGUGUAAUUCCCGAAUAGGCAUACGAUUGAUUGAUCAGCGUUCGCCUCUAUGCGUAAAAAUCGGAAUGCCUUCGUAAUACGUGUUCCAUACUCAUGAUUUUUUCUUAAUCAUUUAUGUACGAAUAGAAGAAAGAAAAAAGGAUUACCCCCGACAUCGAGUCAUUCUCAUAGCGCCACCUUUAGAGAUUAGUCAAACUAAGGAAUUUAUCUUUAUAUAUCCAUUUAUGCGAUAGUAAUAAUAUUAAUUAAAAUGAAUUGAUAUUAGAUAUUACGAUUACAAUUAUAACAAUAAUAUAAUGGUACGUACAGUAUACAUGUAAUUAUAUAAAGGCAAAACAAAAAAAAAAAAAUGUUGAAAGAAGAAAAAAAAACAGAAGAACCUUCAUAAAAUAUAUACCAUUUGAAUUAUACAGCAAUAUAAACCUUCGUGCAAAUUAAAUAAUAUGCAUGAAUACGCUAUGAAAUUUCGGCGACUGAUUAUCCCCAGUGCAACGGCGAUUUGGAACGGACAUUUUUAUACUCAACGAAAACUAGCGUAUAACGGUUCUAAUUGAGUCCCUAUCGGUUACUGCAUGUUUAUGUAUGUGAUAAGAUUAUUGCGGCAUGGAGACGAAGACCGAUUGAAAGAGCCUACGGUAGGUUUAGGGCGGCACGUGCUAGUAUAUAAAGUGUCCUUUUACAUGAAUAAAUGAUUUUAUAUGUCAAAAAUA